GUUUUGCGUAGGACGGUUACCUUUUAGACCUGAUUCGAGAACUUUAGCUCUCCGGCAGUGCUGAGCUGCUCAAAAUGACACUAUUAAAAUGUCAGCAUUGUAUUGGAGAGGAUAAAGCAUCAGAAGAUACAGAUCAUGUGGAGAAAAUCUUGCCACCCGGCUACAGUCAUCUUCUUUGUCAUCAUGAACUGCUGGAAAUGUCAGGGGAUGUUGAAAACUUCAGAGCGGCUCUUAAGUUGCAGAUGACUUCAGAGGAGCAAGUCCAGAAGUGGCUGGAGGACUUCCAGAAAUCCUCAGCUUUAACAUGGAGGAAAUCUAGGACAUACCCUGACUCUGGACGCUACAACAAAUACAGAGUGGAUCUGAGAUGCCAGCACAAAACAUACAGUACAUCAUCCAAGACAAGCAAAAAUACCAACUGCCCUGCCACCAUGUUUCUGAUUCUCAAGAGAUUUAUGUGUGAAAGAAAGUCCAGAUCAGGAGAUCCUCACAUUGAAGAGGGCUAUUUCCUUCAUGUGAACUUGAGAAAUGAACAUAAUCAUAGACUGAACACAGCUGAGGUCAUGAGGUGGAGAGAUGUGUCGAAUGACACCAUUGAAAAGCUACAGCAGCUCUACAAAAGCGGUCACUCUCCUUCAUCUGCACUCAAGACUAUUAAAUACAACCUGCAGGAAGAGGAAGGUGAUAACUACACUUAUGCUAUUGCGGAUCGAUCCAUUUGCCCAGACCUUCCGUUCUGCUACAGAUUAUACCACAAGCUUUUUCAGAAAACAUGUGUUGAACCGGCAGAGAAGGACAUUUCAGAUGAGCUUUUUAAACCCUUAGAGUUGGAACAGUCAUGGGAGACAGCGGCAAUAACAGCAGAUGGACACACCACUUGCAUUGAAGAUGGAGUUUCUGUUGAUGCUGUACCAAUCAUCACCACAGCAGAGGAUUUCACAGAAGACGAGCCAGGAACAAGUGCAGCUGAAGAGGUUGUUGGUUCUUUAGAUGGACAGCUUGAGGAGAUCUUUGGGAUGCUGAAAAAGAAGCUGAACGAGGAUGCAAGUUUUACCCCGCCUAUAAGAGCUUUUGUGUCCAGUUUCUUUCAGAUAAAGACUGAUAGUGCUCUUCAGGCAUCACUCUUUUCCUUUGGUGAGACCACUCCGAUAAUCAAUCAGAUCAAUGUACUACCAGCUACAGUUCCACGGAGGAGAGGGGCUUUGGCUGGACGAAGAGCUGUUGGCAGACCCCCGAAGAACUCAAGAAGAGAGCACCCAUACUGCAACAGCAGAUCCAACAACACUCCCCAAACUCUCACUUUCUGUUUGCAAGACAAUAACACCCUUGAGAAAACCGAAUAACUGUAGAGGUCUAAAAACUGUGUAGAGACUAUUAAAUCAAUAAGAAUGAGAAGCUUGGUAUGAACAUCAUGAAACCUGACCAUUACAAGAAUAAAUCAGUGUUUACCCCAUUUACUUUUAAUGUUUAAUGUGUACUUGAUGUGCCAGAUUCAACAGUGCAUGUUAUAAGAGAAAGCAUUUGUGGUUGUAAUUUUGAUCUUAAUGUAAUGUUACAGGCUCCAUACAGGAAUGGAUCACCCAUAAAUCAAAAAUCAAGUAUCACCCUGUGUUUUCCCCCCUCAUUGAAAGUUCUGUUUCAGUUUGUGUUGUCACAUUAUGUAUAAUAACUGCACCUAUGCUUGGCCAACAUAUAUUUCAAGGUGUCCAGAGUAACUGUUACCUUUGAUUUUAACAAACUUAGAAAAAGAGAAAAUGUGCUUCUUAGAUCUUCAUCUCCAUCCACCCAUGUAAUGUGAUUUACUGUCAUAUAUUUCCAAAGUUUAUUUAUAUUGAAUACUGCUUCAGUUCAGUUGUUUUAUUUAACCAGGUUAAUUAUCAGGGCUCGCUGUGGUGGCCAUUUUAAUGUGGUUUAAAUUCUAUGAAAUAUUGUUUUGACAAAAUUCCACUUGCCAUCACAAAAAGUCAGGGAUUUUGAGUACCAUGAAAAGGAUGGUUUAAAUAAAAAGUGUAGUUGUGUUUACUAAACAAUGUAUGAAUAGCCUGCGCUAUUUUCAUUGAAAAACACAAUAAAAUCCUGUUUAAAGUGUAGUUUUAGGAUUACUACUGGCUUUUGUAAAGUACAUUUAACAAUAAACCUAUUCAAUCAUGAUUAGUACCUAUAUAGCUGUGACUAAAAUCAUUUAGUUCUGCAAUCUCUUUAAAUGCAGUUAAAACAAAUAUACAGGUGCUUCUCAGUAAAUUAGAAUGUCAUGGAAAAGUUAAUUUCAGUAAUACAAUGUAAUUUGUGAAACUCAUAUUAAAUAAAUUCAGUGCACUCAGACUAA